GGGGGCUCGGCUGCUUCCCGGGAAGCCCCAUGAAGAAGCCGCCCCUUGGCUUGGCCUCCUAGCCCGCUUUGCGGCGCCAGCCCCAGCCGCUUUUCGCCAUGAGCUGUCUGGAUGUUAUGUACCAAGUCUACGGUCCUCCUCAGCCUUACUUCGCAGCCGCCUACAGUCCUUACCACCAGAAAUUAGCCUUUUACUCGAAGAUGCAGGAAGCCGCCGAGAGCGCCAGCACCAGCGGCAGUAGCAGCAGCUCCUCCUUCUCCAACCACGCAGCCCCGGCCAGCAUCAAGGAGGAGGAGUGCAGCCCAGAGAAAGAGCGCCCCCCCGAGGCCGAGUACAUCAACGCCAGGUGUGUCUUGUUCACCUACUUCCAAGGGGACAUCAGCGCCGUGGUGGACGAACACUUCAGCCGAGCCCUCAGCCAGCCCAGCAGCUACUCGCCCAGUAGUGCAGGCCUCAAGGCCGUCGCAAGGAGCUCCGCCGCUUGGAGAGAGGGAUCUUUUCCUAUGAGUCAGCGUAGUUUCCCCCCCUCCUUCUGGAACAGCACUUACCAAUCUUCUUCUAUGCCUGCCUCUUUGGGCAGCCCACUGGCAGCUACUGCCCACAGUGAACUGCCCUUUGCUACAGCGGACCCUUAUUCUCCAGGCUCCCUGCACAGCCAUCUUCAUCAGGGCCCCCCGGAACCUUGGCACCCCGCUCACCAUCAUCAUCACCACCAUCACCACCCAUACAUCGGUGCCCAGAGUUCUGCCUAUCCUAGGCCCACCACAGUGCACGAAGUCUACAGUCCACAUUUUGACCCUCGCUAUGGCUCGCUGCUGGUGCCUGCUGCUUCUGUGCGUCCCCACCGCCUCUCUCCUGCCUCGGUGCCCACACCAGUCAGCCCUCAAUGUGAGCUAGGCAAGAAUGAGCCUGCCACAUCAUCAUGGACAACGCCAGCUCCUUUUGCUGGCCCUGCAGGAGAGAUGGCACAGAGCUUAGGACUGAAUGUAGAAACAGGUUUGCAACCUCAGGAUAAAAGCAAAGAUCUCUACUGGUUUUAGAUUCCACCGUGACUUCUCCUCUAGUCAAACUUUUGCCUAUGUAGGAAUGGGGACAGAGCCAAAGUCAAUUUGUAACAGCUUCUGAUCUUGGUUUUCAGCUCACCAUUAUUCCUACUGUGCUGGAUCGCUCCUGAGCUGAGCUGCUGGUUAUAACCGUCCCUUCCUACACAUAAAUACCAGCUUCGUUCUUUGCCUCAUGGUUCUGAUACCAGCAACUCACAUCAAGACAAGAAAAGCGGAAUGGCAAAGGAGGCUAAAAGCUUCUUCAGCUUGGCAUUUCCUUCUCCUAAAAUGGCAAAACUGAACACCACAAAAGCUUCACAUUCAGAAGAACUGAGUAAAAUGAAUAAGGAUGUGAAAAACAUUGACUUUAGGAAGCUGAAGGCUUUGUUAAUAUUAGUGAGGACAUAAAUCAUACUUAUGAUGUGGCAUUUAAAAAAAACUGUUUGGAAGCAGCAUGGAAGAUAUUCAGGCAUUGUGAAUGAAGCAAAGUAAUUCUAA